AAGCAAGGCAGACUUUGCCAUUUGCUUGCCUGCCCACUGUUCUUGCACAAUUUCAGCAACACCCUUUGCUAUCCACCUUUUCACACUCGCACCUCCUCCUCCUCUCUCUCUCUCGUGCUUGUUGUUGCUGUGCAGCUGGUUAGAUUUCUUCUUCUAGGUCACCCGCGAGAAAUACAGAAUACUACCAGUUUACCAGCACCCACAGGAUCUCCUACUCCUCCCUCUCCCUCUUUUCCGCAAAGCUGAAGAAAGAAACCCAGCAGCACGCACUAUUUAUCCCGAGCCCCCUGUAUUUUGGUUGGUACUACUACAGUAUCCCUCUCUUCUUCUCCGGCGGAUCGGAUCUGCUGCUUAUCUAUCUAUCUGUCUGUCCGUCUGUUCAUCGUCACAAGAAUAAUAACAACCCUUCGCCUGCCUCCUGCCCGCGUAUGUGUUGCUUGCUACCCUGACCUGGCGCCCUGGCCUAGGAGAAGGAAGAGGAGGAGGAGGAGGUGGGUGCCGGGGGCAUCUAAUCUUCUAGGGCCAGGAUCUCAGGGCGACAGCAGCAUCCAAGGCAGGGAGGAGCAAAUCGAUUUCUGAAAGAAAAAUAAACCAGAACGGGAAAAUAACAAAGCGCGGUUGGGAUGGGACGAUGAGGACGUUUCUGACACGAACGAUUGAACUGCCGCACAGCUCACCUCACCUGACAGAUCUGUCCGUGCGUAAAGUGCCGCAAUGAUGGGAACAGAGUGCAUCAUGGCCACACUCGGCGGGGAUCCUGAACCCUCAAUUCCACCUGGAUUCGGACCUUUUGUUGCCCUCGCGCUACAGGGCAUCCAAAACAAUGCCAAAUCAGCUGAUGCUCAUUCUAGUUCUGCUCAAGCAGCACACUGCAUGGAGAAAGAUGUUGAAGUUCUGGAACACGGUUCGGCGCAUGGUUGGAGUGACACUCCUGCUAGUACUUCAGGGACCCAUAGUUGCAGGAGGUCACUUCGUAACAGGCCUCCAAUAGACUAUAGCCAGUUCGACCUUAUCUCGGACGAAGAAUCUGAUGUUGAAUCAGCAGAAAAGGGAGUGGGAUUAGUGAGACGCAGACGACAAUUACCGAAAGGAGUACUUCGGGGAUGCGCACAAUGUGCUGAUUGUCAAAAGGUUGUUGCAAGGUGGAAUCCAUCUGGUGCAAGGAGGCCUGUUCUUGAGGAAGCUCCUGUUUUCUAUCCAUCCGAAGAGGAAUUCAAGGACACCUUAAAAUACAUUGAGAGUAUACGGUCUACAGCAGAACCAUAUGGAAUUUGUCGUAUUGUCCCGCCGCCUUCAUGGAAACCUCCAUGCCUUCUUAAAGAGAAGAACAUAUGGGAAUGCUCAAAAUUUUGUACUCGGGUACAGAAGGUUGACAAGCUCCAAAACCGUAAAUCAUCCAAGAAGGGCAGAAGAGGUGGGAUGAUGAAGAAGCGGAGGAAGCUUUUAGAGCUGGAAGAUAACAAUAAUAUUAAUCACAAUCAAACUGGGGUGCAGCAAAACCAAGAGAGGUUUGGAUUUGAACCUGGACCUGAGUUCACACUUCAGACAUUUAAGAAGUAUGCAGAUGAUUUCCGUGAACAAUAUUUUAAGAAAGAAGUGCCCGCGGACUCACCACCAUCAGUAGAAGACAUUGAAGGCGAGUAUUGGCGUAUAGUCGAAAAGCCUACUGAAGAGAUAGAGGUAGUAUACGGUGCUGAUUUGGAGACUGGAACUUUUGGUAGCGGCUUCCCAAAGUCUUCUCCCGAAGUAAAAUCUGAUGUUGAGCAUAAGUACUUAGAGUCUGGUUGGAACCUAAACAACUUGCCUAGACUACAAGGUUCAGUACUAUCUUUUGAGGGCGGUGACAUCUCUGGUGUUUUGGUCCCUUGGCUGUAUGUCGGAAUGUGCUUUUCAUCAUUCUGCUGGCAUGUUGAAGACCAUCAUUUGUACUCACUGAACUACAUGCAUUGGGGUGCUCCAAAGAUGUGGUAUGGAGUUCCAGGAAAGGAUGCUGUAAAUUUGGAGGCAGCAAUGAGGAAACACCUACCUGACUUGUUUGAGGAACAACCUGAUUUGCUUCACAACCUGGUUACUCAAUUUUCAACAUCAUUGCUUAAAUCUGAAGGAGUACCAGUCUACCGAUGUGUUCAGCAUGAGGGAGAGUUUGUCCUAACGUUCCCUCGGGCAUACCAUGCUGGUUUCAACUGUGGCUUCAAUUGUGCAGAAGCUGUUAAUGUGGCACCAAUUGAUUGGUUACCAAUUGGACAGGAUGCAGUUGAGCUUUAUCGUAAGCAAGCUCGGAAAAUUACUGUUUCCCAUGAUAAGCUGUUGCUAGGGGCUGCUAGAGAAGCAAUAAGAGCUCAUUGGGAUAUUCUGUUCCUUAAGAGAAAUACUGCUGAUAACUUGAGGUGGAAAAGCAUGUGUGGACUUGACAGCACUAUAUGCAAAUCGCUUAAGGCAAGAAUCGAUUUGGAGUUGGCGCAAAGACAAAAUAUAUGCUCUCCAUCUCAAUCUAGAAAAAUGGAUGCUGAAUUUGAUUCUACUGAUAGAGAGUGUGCAUUGUGCUAUUAUGAUCUGCAUCUUUCUGCUUCUGGCUGUCCAUGUUGCCCAGGGAAAUAUACCUGCCUUGUACAUGCAAAGCAGCUUUGCUCAUGUGACUGGGACAAAAGAUUUUUCCUUUUCCGUUAUGAUAUCAAUGAGUUAAAUAUGUUGGCUGAUGCUUUAGGUGGGAAGUUAAGUGCAAUUCACAGAUGGGGUGUCUCUCAUCUUGGAUUAAGUUUGAGAUCAUGUGUCAAAAGAGAAAAAGACCAAGAUUCGAAGACUCCUCGCAGAGUAACUGAUGGCCCCAGAAGGUCCUACAUGUCUCAGGCGUCAACAGUAUCAUUGGCACCUUCGUUGGUUUGCAAUGAACAGAACAACAAUGGUAAUAAGAUGCUGGACAAAGCUAGUUUGGAAACGGAUACUUGUCCUUUUACAGAGCAAAUAAAAUCUGGAACUAUUUCACUACAGGAGGCACACAUGAAGACUGAGGUAUCCUGUACACUAAACAGCAGUGUCAUUCCUGAAGGCCAUAAAAGCUCACUAAGCUUGCCAGUUCCUUCUGGCCACUCACUUUCUUCCAAUUUUGCGACAAGGUCUUUAAGUACUGCAGGAGAAUCUGUGAAAAACACAUAUGACUUGGUAGUAUUUAAAGGGAGUAGAGAAUCUUCGCGGGCUGGAGACUGUAUCUCUUCGCCUGGUGUGCAUCAUAACAUACCGCCAAUAAUGAUUGAUCAAGGAAGCAACAUGAAUCCUAGUAUGGAGAGCUCAAACAAUUCACAUAGGCUGACGGCAUCUAACACUAAUGCAACUCAGUUUUACUCUUACAAGGACCAAAUGCAUGUAACACCAGAGACUAGGGCCUCAGUGAUGACAGAAAAAGAUAGCAGUCAAGCUUCUGCUGCAUCAAGUCAGCCCUUUGCGGGAACUGUUUUAAGAGCACAAAGUGUAUCUCAGGAAGCUUCACCUAGCGUCUUUACUUCAAAGCCUCUCAUAGAUUCUUCACUUGUGAAAAAUACAUAUGUUGGUUUAAGUUCAGGCGGUGCCCAUAUUGGACAUCCAAAUUUUGGUAACCAGCAACCAAGUGACGAAUGCCUUAAAAGAAAAUCUGAAUCUCUAUCUGGUUCAGAAGCAAGGGGUCAUUCAGCUGCAUUGGUGCAACCUGCUCUAGGAAAUCAUAAUGGGAGUGGAGGUGCACACAAUGGCCUUCGGAUGGCUAACGUUGUACAUCGAUUCAAGAGCUUAGUUGAAUCUUUGGAAAUUGGUGUUGUGCUAUCUGGGAGGUUGUGGUCCUCAAGCCAAGCAAUCUUCCCAAAAGGGUUCAGGAGCAGAGUAAAAUACUUCAGCAUCGUGGAUCCAACACAAAUGGCAUACUACAUAUCUGAAAUAUUAGACGCCGGACCACAGGGACCUCUGUUUAUGGUGACUCUGGAAAACUGUCCAGGCGAACUUUUUAUCAACGUCUCUCCUGCCAAGUGCUGGAGCAUGGUCCGUGAGAGGCUGAAUAUGGAAAUACGGAGGCAACUCAGUACGGGAAGAGCUAAUCUUCCUGCACUACAGCCACCGGGAUCAGUUGAUGGUUUUGAAAUGUUCGGGUUGCUGUCACCGGCAAUAGUUCAGGCAAUCGAGGCACGGGAUAGAGAUCGCAUCUGCACAGAGUACUGGAGAUCCAGGCCUCAUGUUGUCACUGAAGAUCGUGCGACGGCGCCACCUCAGGCUCAGGGUCCUCUGCAUGCGCUGAGGGGUCUAUUCCAGCGAGCCAACCGCAAUGAGCUGCUAGCCCUACGGAGUCUACUGGUGAGCAACAUCAGCCCGGACGACUUCUCCAGGCGGCAGGCUACCCAAAUCCUCGACGAGGAGAUCGCCAAGCAGUGGCGCUGACAGGCGUAAAUACAACUCUGUAAUCUCUUGAUGGCAUGACGGGACCAAGCAGUUUUCGACCCUGACGAGAGAGCGGCUCCUUCCGUUGCCCCCCGUGCCCAUUCUUUGUAUUGUUGUGUCCAUGCUCCAUGCCAUAAGAUCUUGUCCCCAUUUGGAUGCGAUCGAAUGACCGACGACGGCUCAUCAACUGACCAGCGUACAUACCGUCUGUCUGGAAACUCUUGUGGUGUUGUAGGUUUAGUUAUUUUUCUUUUAAACGAAAUAUUUAACCUUCUUUUUUAGUGAGGCUGAAACGCAGGCUCAUGAGACCUGAGUUUUUUACAUGAAAGGUUGUGUACAUCAGAAAUGUGCAGGGCCUGUUGACACUACUAGCAGAUAGGCGUGAUUUUUGUGCCGAGUUGGUCAGAGUCGAACAGUCCAUGUGCUUCAGGUACUCAUCCUGCAUGGUUGACUGGGAGUUGGUACUUGCAAGCUGCUGUUACAGACCAGUAGUCCAAUGAACCCCAUCUGACUGGUCGCUGCCAAGUGGGCCAA